AUCGCCUAUUGUGGACCGACACUUAGCGGAAACGUUCUUUUACGAGUCCUGUGUGUAAAUCGCGUUGAAACGAUAGAGUGUAGUGAUUACAAUUCGCAGAAAUGCCGCCAAAAAGAGGAAAAGUACAGAAGGAAGAAGUACAGGUCUCGCUUGGACCUCAACUUCGCGAAGGAGAGGUCGUUUUCGGAGUGGCUCACAUCUUCGCCAGUUUCAACGAUACAUUUGUGCACGUUACUGAUUUAUCGGGAAGAGAAACAAUCGCUAGAGUUACUGGUGGCAUGAAAGUAAAAGCAGACCGUGACGAAGCUUCUCCUUAUGCUGCUAUGCUUGCAGCUCAGGUAUAUAUUAUUGAAGAUGUCACUCCUAUUCCAUCGGAUUCCACUCGCAGGAAGGGAGGUCGUCGUGGACGUAGGCUAUAAACUAUUCUUAUGGCCUUCUAUGUUCUUUAUUAUCUUUCAAUAAAUGUUUAAAAGAAAAAAA